GUGUUUUUUUACGCACUUUAUGAUGCAGCCACAUAAGAAACACCAAAUAUGUCCAGAAAGCAGCACAUAAUAGCAACAGGAGCCAAACAGGAACACCACCCCCCUGAUGUCAUCCGAAACCCGCAUCUUCUUCCUGGGAUUUUUUUUUUGGGGCGCAUUCCUGCUUUUCUUCCAGAAUUCCUCGUUCCGCGGCUCCGCGAAUCGGCGACGCGCAGAGUUCGCGACGUUCCCGAGACGCGCGGGAGCCCGCUUCUCCGGCCGGAUUCCGCCUCUGGAGGUCUGGGAGAUGUCUGCGAGGUCUUUAGACGCCGUGAAGAGGAAGAUCCAGAGCCUGCAGCAGCAGGCGGACGACGCGCAGGACAGAGCGCGCUUUCUGCACGCGCAGCUGGACGAUGAACGAGACCUGCGCGAGAAAGCGGAGGGAGACGUGGCCGCUCUGAACCGCAGGAUCCAGCUGGUGGAGGAGGAACUGGACCGGGCUCAGGAGAGACUGGCCACCGCUCUCCAGAAACUGGAGGAGGCCGAGAAAGCAGCGGAUGAGAGCGAGAGAGGCAUCAAGGUGAUUGAGAACCGUGCCAUGAAAGAUGAGGAGAAAAUGGAAAUUCAGGAAAUACAGCUUAAAGAAGCCAAACACAUCGCUGAGGAGGCAGACCGUAAAUAUGAAGAGGUCGUUCGGAAGCUGGUGAUUCUGGAGGGAGAACUGGAAAGAGCAGAAGAGAGAGCAGAGAUUGCAGAACUGAAAGGAGGAGAUCUGGAGGAAGAACUGAAAAACGUAACCAACAACCUCAAGUCUUUAGAAGCUCAGUCAGAUAAGUAUUCAGAGAAAGAGGACAAGUAUGAAGAAGAGAUCAAAGUUCUCAGUGAUAGACUGAAAGAGGUGGAGACUCGUGCCGAGUUUGCAGAAAGGACUGUGGCCAAACUGGAAAAGACCAUCGACGACCUCGAGGAGGAUGUGGCUGAGGCAAAACAGCAGAACUUGGAGAUGCAUCAAGUCCUGGAUCAAACACUCCAGGAGCUCAAUAGCUUGUGAAGAAACAAGAAGAAACCCAUGAAGAACAUUCCAGAGUUCCCCAUCCAUUCCAGCAGUGCUUUAUGUUUAGCUUUUCAUGUCUUGUAUGCUGUAAGUUAUGUUAUUUCCAUCCAUCAUUUUCUGUAUUUUGGUUAGCAAUCUUUCGAUUAUUUCCUAAUGCACCUACUAGUCCAUUAAAUAAUAAAUAAUGUCUUCUUGUUGCCAUUUUUCCCCAUUUAAAUACAACUUCCGUCACCAUCUGUGGCGUAAUAACAAAAUAUGCUGUUCCUGGUUACGUUUUUGAUCUUAAAAAGUAUGACCAUCACUGCAUGUAAGAAUUCAGAGAGAAUUCGUAUCUGUCUUGGCGCUGUUUUAUUUAUUUCUUUUGAAUGAACACGGCGGACGAUAUGCUUAAAACAGUAGAAAUGCAGCAGCAAAAAAACGGUCAAAAAGCAAUAAGUACAGCACAUUUUAGUAGAGAUGUACGGGAAAUGCGUUAAAAAGAAAGCUGAAGGCGUUAUGUAUUAUAACACAGAUUUCUUUACACUAUUUUCGGCAUUAGGAAGUUUUUAGUUUGUCAUUUAUGGGAUAUUAUUUUUUACCCUUGAUGCUGCAAAGGGCUAUUUUCACUGUGGUUUGAUGUUUUUUUUUUACAUUUUUUUUAAACUAAAUAAAUGUUUACUUAUUUGCACACCACACCGGUGUAUGAGAAUUAGUGUUAUUAUUACUUAAAUCGAUUAAUUAAAGUUUAAUUGCAGAAAUGUCAAAGGAAAGGCAUGGAAUUAUAUCUUUAAGAUGAUAAAGCCUAUUUUAGGACCAAA